AUGGAAAAAGAUCAUGCUAACCGUUCUAAGCAGCUCGUCUUUAGCCUUGCUAAAUUUGAUGACUGGAAGAUAAGAAUGCAAGCACUCCUCUGCUCCAUACAUGACGAAAUGUGGGACGUCAUAACAACUGGACCAAUUACAGUUAUGACGGUGAACACACAAGCGGCAACUCAAGGAGCCGGUGCUGAGCAAAUGAUACCGAAGCCAAAAGAUUCAUAUACCUCGGAAGAAAGGACAAGAGCAAACCUGGACAACGUAGCACGAAACAUUCUCUACAACUCUCUUGACGACUCCUUGUUCCCAAGAGUUCGAAAGUGCAAGAAUGCCAUGGAAAUAUGGAAUGUUCUGAUGGAACUAGGAGAAGGGGAUGAGCAGGAGAAAGACAACAAACUGACUGUAGCCAUGAAGAAGUUUGAAGAUUUCAAGAUGCUUCCAAAUGAGACAAUCAUGGACAUGGAGUUGAGGUUCACCAGACUCAUGGGAGAUCUGACUGAUCUUGGGAAGGAAUUGACCGAAAAAGAAAGGAAUCUAAAAAUUCUUCGCGGCCUGCGAAAAUCUUGGGAAAUGAAGGUCAUUGCAAUGAGGGACAAUCGAGACAUGAAAACAACGAGCACGUCCAAGAUCUUUAGUGAUCUCAAAGCAUAUGAGUUCGAACAUGAACCGAAAGAUGCCGAAGAAUUAGAAACAAGAAAUGUCGCUCUAAUGGCCAACCAAUCAGCAUCAACAUCCAACAGCAACACUUCCAAAAGCCCAUCCAAGGAGACUGGAGAAAGACACAAAAGAAAUGACAAACCAGAAUCUUCAGGCUCCAGAAACGAGAGAAGAAGAAAGGCAAUGGUGGUGAACGAAACCUCUGACACAGCUGUGAACGAAAGUAGCUCCUCAAGCUCGAGUUCAGACGAUGAAAGUUCUGAAGAAGAAAAAGGACUCCUAUGCCUUUUCAGUCAGGAAUCAGAAGAUCUAUGCCUUAUGGCUGACGAAGAUGAGGUAAACUCUCAUUCAUCUUCUUGUUAUUCAGCUGAGUCAAGUUCUGUAGGGAGUCAAACCUCCAAUGAAUCAGUUACCGAAAUGAUGAGGAGGUUCAAAGUGAUAAAUAGCACCUACUCCAAACUUAAGGAGGAGAACUCUCAGCUCACAAUUAGCUACAAUGCACUGAGGCAAGUUCGAAUUGAGAACAUUAAGCUAGCCAUUGCUAAGGAGCAACUUGAGAAAAAUGUUCUUACUCUGAAGGAGCAGUGCACAGCAAGAGAAAGGAGAGAGCAAGAAUUGCUUGAAGUCUUGGACCAAUUUAAUAAUUCAUCCAAUCUAAUGGAUCGAAUGAUAAAUGACUCCAGACUGCCCGGGGAAAGAAAGGGAAUUGGUUUUAACCCCAGCUCCUCCUCACAAACCUGCUUGAACAAAUCCACGAAUGCAUAUUCACACGAAGGCUUUCAAGCUACAUUUGUUCAAGGACCAACCCAGGUGUCUGAGCCAGUGACGAAAGUUAACAAACGAUGCCAUACCACAAUCAACAAGCUUACCGAAAGGAAAGGCUGUAUAACGAAUUGUGGAUCCUCGAAAUGA